CGUGUCUCCGCCCAAAGCUGUGCUUCGUCAUGUGAGCUAGUGCUAUACGAUCCGCGCAGCUGGCACAUAUAUAAGUCCAUUGCGUCAUGCAUCCCACGACUCCAGCUGGGGGGUGACCUUACCACACACUCAAACACCAUGGCCUCUCAAUGCCCAUUGAUUCACAGUGGAGGUGCUCGGAGAGCCCAAACCGGGGGCUAUCUCCCAAUUGAGGACUAUGGCAUGAUCGGGAACAUGCACACCUGUGCCCUGGUCGGCAUGGAUGGAAGUGUAGACUUCAUGUGCUGGCCUGACUUUGACUCCCCGUCCGUCUUUUGCCGUCUCUUGGAUAAAAACAUCGGUGGCUACUUCAGCAUUUCUCCGCCGCAAGGUAUCAACUGCACCACCAAGCAGCAGUACCUGCCCUCGUCCUGCAUCUUGCAGACACGCUACAUCCACGAGGAUGGCGUCGUCGACUUGGUUGACUUCUUCCCGCGCCCCAAGAGCGCCCAGGUCAUGACAAAAGGCUACAAGCAGAACGCCUAUCGAGAGGCCACCAAGGUUCAGGAGGAGCUGAAGAAAUGGCUUGUGAGACGGGUAGAAUGCAUCCGCGGUUCUCUGACACUUGACGUUGAAAUAUUCCCUGCCUUUGGAUACGGUCAAGAUGAACAUGUUACCACUCUCCUCCGGGAAUCACACACCUGUGUUAGUCCCGAGAGCAAGGUGGCGUCCUUCCAUAGCAAGGACGUCAAGCUCCAGCUCGAUGUGGCAGUGGACAACGGCGAGGACGAGAAGAGCUGCCCUAUCAUCAUGUUCAAGAAAGUGAAGCGUCCUGGCAUGCAUGGUGAAGGCCUCGUUGCUCGCAUCGAGAUCCAGGAAGGGCAGAAUAUCUCGUUUGUUCUUCGGAACGAUAUUCCCAACCAUGUGGCUCCGAGUAUCUCGACUCCUAUUCUGGAUGCUCAACAGCAUGAUACCCAAACCUUCUGGUUCAAUUUCAUCUCUCAGUCGAAGUACAAGGGACGGUGGAGGGAAGUGGUAUCAAGGAGCUUGAUGAUACUGAAAAUGAUGACAUACGAACCUACAGGAGCAAUCGUCGCCGCGCCGACGUUCUCGGUCCCCGAGGCCAUUGGAGGCGUUCGUAACUGGGACUACCGCUACUGCUGGAUCCGUGACUCCAGUUUCACCAUUUACAUCCUGCUUCGUCUCGGCUUCAAAGCCGAGGCCGACGCGUACAUGGAGUUUAUCAUGGAGCGGUUCGUCGACUCGCGUGGACCUGAUGGCGGAUUGCCCAUCAUGUUUACGAUCCGCGGAGAAACCAAUAUCCCUGAAUUGGAAUUAAACCACCUCGAAGGAUACCGUGGUAGUAGUCCUGUUCGAAUCGGUAAUGGAGCGGCAUUCCAUCAGCAGUUUGAUAUCUAUGGUGAGCUCAUGGAUGCCAUCUACCUGUACAACAAGUUUGGCAAGCCGGUUGCAUGGGAUGUGUGGCGUGCUGUCCGUGGCAUUCUCGAUUAUGUGUUGACAAUCGUCGACGACCCCGACAUGUCCAUCUGGGAAGUCCGAAACCACAAGCAACACUUCACCUACUCGCAGAUUAUGCUCUGGGUUGCCUUUGACCGCGGUCUCCGCCUCUCCGAAAAGAGAUGUUUCCCCUGUCCCAAUCGUGCCAAAUGGAUGGAGGCCAGAGACAAGCUUUACGAGCGGGUCAUGGAGAAAGGCUACAACACCGAAAUGAAAUGUUUUGUUCAAAGUUUUGAAAACAACACAAUGCUUGACUCUUCUAUCCUCAUCGCACCUCUCGUCUUCUUCAUCUCUCCUUGCGACCCACGCUUCACCAACACACUCGAUCGCAUUCUUCUUCCCCCUGAGAAGGGUGGACUGACCAGUACUGGCUUGGUAUACCGUUAUGAUACAGAACUCGCCGAUGACGGAGUUGGUGGCACGGAGGGAGCCUUCAGCAUGUGUACCUUCUGGCUCGUUGAGGCCAUGACCCGCGCCAGCGUCUAUGAGCCUAAGUAUCUCGUCAGGGCGAUUAACCUCUUUGAGAACAUGCUCGGUUUCUCUAACCACCUUCUUAUGUUCUCCGAAGAAAUCGCACGCAGCGGCGAGCAGCUGGGAAACACGCCGCAGGCGUUCAGUCAUUUAGCCCUGAUCAGUGCUGCGUUCAAUCUCGAUCGCGCUACGGAGGGUUGGAAGGAGACGAGGUGAUUAGCUGGGCCAGUGUCAAAAUCGCUUGAUGUCUGAUAUUCAUGUCACAAUGUAGUGCGGGACGCAUUGGUGAAUAGCUUAACAAGAUAUAUUGGCAAAUAACCCA